CUAGAAUCGUAGGAAUAAGGGAGGUGUCGAAAGUCAAAGUUGUCAGUCCAUAAAAUGAAAGUUCAAGUGAAUUUUAAAUUGUUGGUGCUUUUUACGGUGUUUGUAGCAUCUAAUACUGCAGAUCCAACCCUCCGUCUGGUUAACUUGGUAUAUCGUCAUGGAGAUAGAUCUCCAGUGGGUAUAUUUCCUACAGAUAAAAACAAAGUUGACAAGUGGCCACAAGGAUUGGGAUGGUUAACUGAGAAAGGGAUGUUGAUGCACUACCAUUUUGGUCAAUGGUUAAGAAAAAGAUAUGAUGGUUUUCUGAAUAGUUCUUAUGUACACACAGAAAUAGAAGUUGCCAGUUCAAAUGAAGACAGAUGUUUGAUGAGUGCCUAUUGUAACCUAGCUGGUUUAUACCCUCCUCAUGGAGACCAAGUAUGGAAUCCAGACAUUACUAAGUGGCAGCCCAUACCAGUACAUACCAGACCAAAGAAAGAGGACAAUGUGAUAAAUAUGGGAGAGAAUUGUCCUCGAUAUGAUCAACUGUACCAGGAAACCAUGGAAACAAAAGAGAUAACUGAAGAGGAAGAGAGAAACAAAGAUUUUUACAAGUUUGUGGGACAGAUGUCAGGAACAACCCAGGAAAAUAUUUCUAACAUUUGGAAGAUUGCCGAUACACUGUUUUGUGAGAAAGCCCACAACCUCACAGUAUCAACUUGGGCUGAUCAGCAAUGGAAACAGGAAGGCAUGACUGUGUAUGAGAAAUUACGUUUCCUAGACAGCUGGCAAUUCAGACUUUUGUACAGUGGACAUGAAAAAAGUCGACUAAUGGGAGGUCCAAUUCUUGGUGAAUUUGUACAGCAGAUGGUUACUGCCUCUCAAAAUAAAACUAACACUAAAAUGUUUAUGUAUUCAGGGCAUGAUACAACUGUUGCUGCUUUACUCUCUGCUUUGAAUCUAUUUGCUAAUGGAACCAGUCCACCAUAUGCGGCAUCUGUUUUAGUAGAACUCCAUCAGUACUCUGCAGGGAAUUAUUAUGUUAAUGUUCUAUAUAAAAAUACCACUGAUACAGCAUAUCUUCUCACUGUGCCAGGGUGUACUGAAAAUUGUCCUUUAGAAGUUUUCCAGAAAAUAACCAAACCAUAUAUACCUGUGGACUGGAAAAAAGAAUGUGGACUCCAGUCUGAUGAUAACACAGUCUCAUUUACAACUUACCAGAUCACUACAGUAGUUUUAGCAGGAGUAAUCUUGAUCUUACUCAUUGUUCUUGUUGUGGUGUUUAUUCGGAUGAGGAAGAUACAGGUGUCAUACAGAAACUUUAGAUGACCGACAGCAGAAUAUGAAUAUGUACAGCUACAAUAUUAUGAUGAUUAUUCUGACUGAUUACAGUAUUACCGUACACCAGAUAUUUUUAUUAAAUAACUGUUACUUUUCACACCACAGCAAUAUGUUAUACAGUAAUCUGUCAUGUGAUUCUUCUAUGCUUGUGCACAGUUACCACACUAUCUGGUGUACGGAGAUAAACUUUGAAUGUCAUAAAUAUACAAUAUCAGUAUUACAGUAUCACAAUAAAUUUUGAAGCCACAAUUAUGAAAAUUUAUCACAUACAUAUAUUCCAAUACCUUUAUUUUCUCAGGAAUGAACCAUUAUACCCAACUCUCAAAUUGAAGGCUAUUUUGCAAUUACCUUGUCCGUCCAUCAAUCCUUACAUACACACAUUCGUCCACCAUAUAUAUUUCGUCACACUUUUCUAAGAAAAUACUGAACAGAAUGACUUCUUAUUUAAUCGCCAGCUUAACAGUGAUGAGUUGUAACGUGUGUGCUCUUUUCGAUCUGUCAGACACCUACUUUAUGCUGCUACUUAGAAUUAUGUGUGGGGGGUGCUUAACAUGAUAACCUUGCAUUCUUGUUGAAGCAACAAUGGUUUGUCACAAGGUUAAUCUAAUAAGAAGACCCUCUAUCUUAGGGCCACUCUGAGGUGUAAACCCCUCUUGUAAGCCAUCUUUAACUGUACAUUUAGGCAAAAUUUGUAAGUCAACCACUCACUGUACCAUUUGGUUUUAUUUCUUAUGCUAAAGUUGUGUCCACAGCAGAAGCUUGAAGUUAUACUGAGAAACUGAUUUUUAAGCCCACCAGCCUAUUAUGGUAUAAAACUUUUCCUGUCUGACAUAACCAUAGUACACAAUCACUGAAGUAUGCCUUAAACAAUUCACUUAGAAAAUUAAGUAAUUAUCAGGAAUGGUGAUCUGUAUAUGUUUGGUACUCUCUCUUUUCUUUUUUCUAGAUGGUGGUUUGAGGGUUUGAAUGUGUUUUGACAUUCAACAUUCACUCUAGUCACGUCACAGUUAUUUGACAUUAAUUAUAAAAAAAAAUUUACUUUAUCAAUAUUAUUCAUAUGCUUCACAAUGCUUUUUAUAUCUAUUUCAUUAUGGGGACAAUCUUUAACUAAGGAAAUAUCUUGAACUUUUUUUUGGCUUCCUUGCUUCAAAAUUAAAAUUAAAGAAAGAAACUAAAAUUAACUAAGAUAUCUUGGUUGAAAACUAGAAGUUAAAGGGAAAUAACUCAACUUUACUAGGUUUUCUUUGUUGAAACUAAAGCUAAAGGGAAAUUAUUAAAACUUUAUUAAGAUUUCUUGGUUGAAAAUUUUGUUAUAGUCAUCAGCUCUCCACAAGUGAUUUAUAAAAUAAAAUGUUGUUGUAUAUAUGUAAAAAUUAAAUUUAUUUUAUAAGUCUAUAUUUUUCUUCAGAGUUGCUCAAAAUUUGUCUCAUGUUUUUUGUAGAUAUGCAUUAUUUUUUUUAACAUUUUGUACAUAUAGAUAUAUAUAUAUAUAUGGUCAAAAUUAUGUCUGUCAUUCCAAAGAACAAAACUUUUAGUAUUAUAUGUAUGUGGUAAUGUAAUUUUACUGUAAAUUCACAAUUUAUGUACAUGUUUUAAGGAAAUACAACUAAUCAAAACUUUAAUGCAAGGUUUGAUUAUUGUCUUAUAAAAUAAGGAGAUGUGGUUUGAUUGCUAAAGAGACAAUCAUACACCUGAGACCAUGUAGAUGUAGAUGUAAGAAACUAUAGAUCACCAUAGAUCACCAUAUGGCAUUCAAUAUUGAGCAAGACCCAUAGCGCAUAGCAAUCUAUAAAAGGCCAAGACAUAACAACAUGUAAAACAAUUCAAAUGAGAAAACCAACACUUAAUGUACAAAACACCUAACUUAAUGUACAAAACACCUAAUAAAAAAAUAUGAUAUACAGUAACAAACGACAAAUAAGGAGAUGUGGUGUGAUUGCCACUAGAGACCAAAUGAGGUAAAAGUAAGCAACAAAAGGUCACAUUAUUGCCUUUAACAAUGAGCAAAACCCAUACUGAAGAGUAAGCUCUGAAAUUACAAAUGUAAAACAAUUCAAACAAGAAAACUAACGGCCUUAUUUAUGAACAGUAACGAAAAACAAAUACAGUAACAAACGACAACCACUGAAUUACAGGCUGCUGACUUGGGACAGGCAUAUACAGCAACAAACGACAACCACUGAAUUACAGGCUGCUGACUUGGGACAGGCAUAUACAGACAGCAAACAACGACAACCACUGAAUUACAGGCUGCUGACUUGGGACAGGCAUAUACAGACAGUAAACAACGACAACCACUGAAUUACAGGCUGCUGACUUGGGACAGGCAUAUACAGACAGCAAACAACGACAACCACUGAAUUACAGGCUGCUGACUUGGGACAGGCAUAUACAGACAGUAAACAACGACAACCACUGAAUUACAGGCUGCUGACUUGGGACAGGCAUAUACAGACAGCAAACAACGACAACCACUGAAUUACAGGCUGCUGACUUGGGACAGGCAUAUACAGACAGCAAACAACGACAACCACUGAAUUACAGGCUGCUGACUUGGGACAGGCAUAUACAGACAGCAAACAAUGACAACCACUGAAUUACAGGCUGCUGACUUGGGACAGGCAUAUACAGACAGCAAACAACGACAACCACUGAAUUACAGGCUGCUGACUUGGGACAGGCAUAUAAACAAUUUGGCAGGGUUAAACAUGUUUGUGGGCUCCCAACCCUCCCCCUAACUUGGGACAGUGGUGAUAUCUCACAAAAUAAGAACAAACUAUAAAAAUCAGUUGAAAAAGGCUUAACUCAUCAGAUCAAUACAAAGCACAAAAACAACUAUCAAAAACAUAAUAGACACAAAGUACAGAUCUGAGAGUAUUCACAGUUACUGAAAACAUAAUAGACACAAAGUACAGAUCUGAGAGUAUUCACAGUUACUGAAACAUAAUAGACACAAAGUACAGAUCUGAGAGUAUUCACAGUUACUGAAAACAUAAUAGACACAAAGUACAGAUCUGAGAGUAUUCACAGUUACUGAAACAUAAUAGACACAAAGUACAGAUCUGAGAGUAUUCACAGUUACUGAAACAUAAUAGACACAAAGUACAGAUCUGAGAGUAUUCACAGUUACUGAAAACAAAAUAGACACAAAGUACAGAUCUGAGAGUAUUCACAGUUACUGAAAACAAAAUGAAAACAACAUGUUAUAAAUUUCAUGCGUCCGAAACGCUUUUCUCGAUUUACCUUCAUCAGGAACGCUCAAAGCCGAAUAAUUGAAAGCCAAGGAUGUAUAAGAACUGAAACGAUUGAAGAGCUAUAUAACCAAAACGACCUAAAAAUAUAGCCAAAUCCAUCUAAGGUCAACUUUGCCUGAGAGAGUUAAAACCUUAGUUUUUUUAUAAUUUAAAAAUUUCUAAACAGACAAUUUUAGAAAGGUUGGUCAUAAAUCAUGACAAUACCGAAGUCAGUGGCGGAUCCAGAAAUUUUCAUAAGGAGGGGCCCACUGACUGCCUAAGAGGGGGCCCCGCUCCAGUCAUGCUUCAGUGAUUCCCUAUAUAAUCAACAAAAUUUUUUCCACAAAAGGGGGGCCCGGGCCCCAUGAAAAACCCUCUAAAUCCGCCUCUGGAAGUACUGACUACUGAGCUGAUGAUACUCUCCAGGACUGAUAGUCCACCAGCAGAGGUAUCGACCCACUGCUGUUAAAAAAAUGAAAACAACACGUUAUAAAUUUCAUGCGUCCGAAGCGCUUUUUGGGAAAGCAUUGUUCAAAGCCAUGAACACUUAAUAAAAGAAUCAUCUAUCGAAGACUAAAAUAUCAAUCAGUACACAUCCAACAUACAAUAGAUUUAAAGUAAUGAAGUCAUUCACAGUCACAGAAAAACAUGAGCUUGUGCGAUGCCAAAAUUUAGGUACAUAUGUGUAUAACAAUAAUAAUAAUUGGUUGAGUUUUAUUUUAUUGAUAUCAAAAUCAAUAUUUAUACUGAUAAAAACAAUAUUGAAAGAUCUAAUUAUAGUGUAGAAUUGGUAACCUUUUAGAAUAAGUUUACCCAGAUUGUAUCUACAUUUACCGGCUCGGUAAACAACAUCACCGUAAAAAUUGUUGAUUUUGUCUUAUUUUUCCCAUUAAUAAAGACAUAUAUUAUA